AUGCUCUGUGGUGCAAAGGGCUCUCAUCAACUCUCUUCCACCUUUGCAUGUAAAAGGCCCGCUCCUGUAUAAACGGAGCACCGUCACCAUGAUUCAGUCAUGAUGACCCUCGGUAAUUGCCGCUGCAUGUAAAUAUCAAGUGGUUAGUGAAUAAUUAGUCUUUCAUUGGCCAGCAACCACCUCUGGGCCCCGGCCACGCUUUUAGACCCUCCCUCGUAGAGCCGCCCUGAAGACGGGGGCCCCUUUUGAAUGACAGCGCUUGGGAAGGAGACGAAUUCUUGUGUGAUUUCCCGCAGCCGCCGCGUCCAUGAGCAGCAGUCGAGGAUCUCCAUUCUAACUGAAUGGAUUGGCAUGGGGAGAAGCGGACCUCAAAUCACGGCUAAGCGGCAGCUGUGGGACUGUGUGACGCUGACGAUGGUCUUGCUUUCGCUGCUCUUUCGACCAGCUCACUGCCAGCAGUGUCGAAUCCAGCGCUGCAAUGCAGAGUACGUGGCCUCUACCUCGCCGUCGAGCGGCCUGCAGGACGACGUGGCUCUAGACGUGGACUACUGCAUCGCGCUCCGGGCCUACGCCCUGUGCACCCGAAAGCAGGCGCGCAGCUGCAGGGGGGACCUGGUCUACCACUCGGCCGUCUUCCGCAUCAAGGAGUUAUUCUCUCAGCACAACUGCUCCAGCGACGGGCCCACCUCCUCCGCCAAGGUGCCCAGCACGUCCCGGCCCGCAGUGCUGGAGCUGUGCGACUAUGAGAGCCGGGUGCUGGUGUCGGGCUCGGCGGGCCAGCAGAAGAAAUACGCCCACUGUGGAUUAUUCGGGGACCCGCACCUACGGACUUUCCGGGACGAGUUUCAGACCUGCAAGGUGGAGGGGGCGUGGCCUCUCAUCGACAACCGCUUCCUGUCGGUGCAGGUGACCAACGUGCCCGUUGUCCUCGGCUCCAGCGCCACGGCAACUAGCAAGAUCACAGUGAUCUUCAAGUCCUACCACGGCUGUACGGACCAGAAGGUCUAUCAAGCCACUACCGAGGACCUGCCCUCAGCUUUCCAGGACGGGACGCGCAGCGGCGGCGAGAGCGGCAGCCUCAGCAUCGUGGAGCGCGGCGGCUCCGGGGUGGGCCGGCAGGUGAAGAUCCAGGCCCGCUACAUCGGCACCUCCAUCAUCAUCCGGCGCGUGGGCAGCUACCUGACCUUCGCCAUCCGCAUGCCCGAGGACACCCUGGACUUCUCUGAGGACAACGGCGGCCUGCAGCUCUGCCUGCACGGCUGCCCGCGGAACGAGCUCAUCAAAGAGCACACGCUGAGCCGCCAGAGCCAGCCGCGCCUGCAGGGCACCAACACGGAGCUGGGCCCUCUGAGGCCCCCCCACCAGGUUUACACGGUGGAGCGGGCCACGGCCAAGUGUAGGGAGACUCUGCAGGUGGAGGACGUGUACUUCCAGUCGUGCGUGUUUGACUUGCUGACCACAGGGGACCCCGAGUUCUCCAUGGCGGCCUUCGGCGCCCUGGAGGAUCUAAAGGCCCUGCCGCCCAGUAAACUGAAGCAGAGCUCCCCGAGGACUCCUCGUCCUCACAGCGGAGGGCUGUCGCACACAUCGGUCGCAGCAGCGGCCAGGAACUCCCUUCUCCCGCUCCUACUCCUCAUUCUGCUGCUUUUGUAAAAAAAAAAGGAUUCUUCAUGGAGGCAAACGAGGAAGCAGAACCCGCCUGAGGACAGAGUGACGGGAGCGCUGACGUGUUUCAUUUUGAUUUUAACUUGUGAAUGUUGUGAACUUUUUGCCGUUGUCAUUUGAAGGAUUUCACACAGUGCAGAUUCAUCCACGCAUCUCUGUGCUCGGAGAAAAUCAUCAAAUCACACAGUUUGGGCAUCAGGAAGAAAAUGUUUUCAGCAGCUCAGUAUUAAUUGGGGGUACUACCGCCUCUGCAACCGUCAAACACCGAUCUUGUAAAUAUAUUUUUCGCUGAGAACGAGCCCCGACCUCCAAACACACUCCUCACUGUAUGAUCCAGUAAUAUCAAAAGCACUUACUGGCACUAACAGCGUGUUGUCUGUAUAUCACUGUCAUGUCUUUGUUCGCUGCAACAGUAUUUCAGAGACCGGCCAAACUCACAGAAUCCAACAACAGUAUGUAAAAAAAACUACCUAUCCAUGUACGGCGUCGGUGUCAACAGUUCUCAUUAUUCUGUGAAACGCUCCCUCUUCAAGCUGCCUGGCUCCCAGUUUAAAGGAAAAAACAAAUCUUUAUAUAAUAAUAUAUUAAAAGAGUGUAUAUAUGUGUUAUAUUGUGUAUAGAUGCUUUUAACUGUAAUGUGUUUUACAUUUGUUGUGUUUAGUUGCUAUUUUGAGUCAUUUUAAUAAAAGUAACCUAAUAUGUGUUGCAUUUGUAAUUUUCUGUAUUAAAGUGUUGAACGCUCCACACGAA